AUGGACUGGCUGAACUGUAAUGUUGAUGCGUCUUUUAAUAACAACAAUGGCACUACGAAUAGCGAGUGGUGCGUGUGUAAUCAUUCUGGGAACUUUAUUUCUCCAGGUUUUGCUUGGGAUCCAAGAAUUCUUCCCGUCAUUGAAGUCGAAGCCUCAACACUUAAGGAUGCAAUUCUAAGAGCUAUGACUUCGCACUUGGAGUUUGUUACAUUUGAAAGUGAUUCCCAAAGAGUUAUUCAAGCAAUCCAUUAUAAUCGUAAUGGCGACUCUGAAUUUAGUCUUAUUAUUGAGUCUAUUUCUACUUUAUUUGUUAAUUUUCCAAGCUUUGAGGGGAAUUUUAUCAAAUGUCAAUCAAAUAUGGUUGCUCACUCUAUUGCGAGUGCAAUCAAUUCUUGGGCUCGACGUAGUUAA